UCGACGUUCGUAAAUGGCGACGUAUCGAUGUCGAGUGCACGUAGCGAACUGAUAAAUCGUCGUACGUGAUGACGGCUCGUCACUGAACCUCGGACGGCGAUGGGCACACAAAAGCCAGAAGAAUGGGCGAAUUUGCUGAUCACACGUUUCGAGGAACAGUUGCCGUGUCACUUAAGUGGCUCUCAAACCACUUAUUCUCAUAUGAACGAAGAGAGAAACAAAAAAUGUUUAAUACAAAUUUCUCGAUACCGUUUCUCUCUUGUGAUAUCCAGUCUCACCAAAAUCCUUCAAAAUGUUAAUGAAAUGGUGCCAUGUAUUGGAGGUCAACGAAUAUUUCAUAGUACAGAUCAAGAUCGGCAUUGUUAUGAAUCUAUAAUUAUUAUUUUAGACACUCUAGAAAAAUGUCUUGCAAAUCAACCAAAAGAUACAGCUAAAUUUGAUGAGGCUAUGAAUAUAAAGUUUUUGCUUAAAGAGAUAUGUCAGUUUAUAGAUGUACCAAAUGAUAGUUCACAAAAUGCUCAUUUAAAAAAUUUGGCAAGCAAAGUUCUAUUUGCACUAAGUUUAAAUUUUUUUAAUGCUGUGUUUAACAGAAUAUCAUCUAGACUUCAAGAAUUAGCGAAGUGUGGAGAUGAAAAUGUUGAUUAUAGUGAUAUUGAAUUAAUUCAGCAUAUUAAUGUUGAUGUGUGUAAAUUAAUAAAACUCUUAAAUGAAACAAUACAAAAAUUUAAACAACUUAAAAAAUCAGCCCAUAUAGUUCUUAUGAAUUCUUUGGAGAAAGCAAUUUGGAAUUGGAUGGAUACUUAUUCACACGAAUUUACUGAUCUUCAAAAAAAUCCUAAUGAAGAUCUUGGAAAAGCAUGUGAAGAACUAUUUGAUAUUCUUGAUACAUUUGCAGACAAUAAAAAGGGAAGAGCUGCAGCUGUUUGGCCUUUACAAAUUAUGCUUCUGAUACUUUCACCAAAAGUUUUGGAAGAAAUAGUUAAUGAUUUUAGUUCUCUCUGUUCACCAAGACAUUCAAAGAAAAAGCAAUUUAUUGACAGUGUUAAAAAAGGCCUAGGAAUGCAUGGUAGUUCUAGUAGGCAGCUAGUGGAAGCUGCAGCAGUUACUUGCAUUAAACUUUGUAAAGCAUCAACUUAUAUCAAUAAUCUGGAUUCAGAUAAUGUUAUUUUUAUACUUGUUCGACAUGUUAUGAAUGAUUUAAUGGCACUACUUUUUAAUCCAGGAAAAGUAUUUUCUCGUGGUCAAAGCUUCGUUGCCCAAGACAUCGACCUAAUGAUAGACUGUUUUGUUAGUUUCUUUCGCAUUAAGCCUCAUAACAACGAAGUACUUAAAGUCUGCUUGAAUCUGAAUUAUCCAUCGACAUACCAGUUUGUCUUGGUUAGCUCAUUAUACAAAAUUGUAACACAACCAAGACUGCCAUGGUGGCCUCGAAUAGAUCUUCUGUAUUCUCGUAGUGCAGAACUUAGAAAUAUGUUUACUGAUAUUUUAAAUAAAGUCACUCAGAGUUGCAUAUCACAUACACCAUUGCGAAUGAUUCAAAGCUUAACACUUAAAGGUAAAGAACAAAAUAAGUACAGAGAUCGUGGAGAAGAAGUAUCAAGUUAUAGAAAUUUACUUUUAUGGAUGGUAAAACUUAUUCAUGCUGAUCCUAUGUUGUUAUUGAGUAAUCAAGGAAAAGCUGGUCAUGAAAUUCAAAGCUCGACUUUAGAACUAAUUAAUGGUUUAGUUUCUUUAGUUCAUCAACCAACAAUGUCGGACAUUGCUCAUGAAGCAAUGGAAGCAUUAUUAGUGUUACAUCAUCCAGAUAAAAUAAAAGCAUGGAAUCCAGAAGCACCAAUUAAUACUUUUUGGGAUGUUAGUUCACAAGUUCUGUUCUCAAUUUCCCAAAAAUUGAUUCAACAUCAAAUUGUUAAUUAUACUUGUAUAUUAAAAUGGCUUAGAGAAAUAUUGAUUUGUAGAAAUGCUUUUCUUGCACAAAAUAAGGAUUAUGCUAAUGUGGGUAGUCAAAUUGCUGUUUGUAAACAAGCACAUAUUAAACUUGAGGUUGUAUUUUUCAUGUAUUUAUGGAGUAUUAAUAUGGAAGCAGUUUUAGUCUCAAUGUCUUGUUUUGCAUUACUUUGUGAAGAAGCAGAAAUUCGUUGUGGUAGUGAUGAAGUAGCAGUAACUUGUUUACUUCCAAACUAUCAUUUAUAUCUUGAAUUGGCACAAGCUUCUACUGUGUUAAUCACUGCCAGCGGGGAAAGUAAGCUAUGCUAUCACGAUCAUAAUUAUGGACGUGCUGCUUUACAAAACAGAAUUAUGGCCUUAUUGAGGAAGAUAGAACACUGUGUAAAUGGUGUACAGCCUGCUUGGGAAGAAACGUUUAGAAAUUGGGAAGUAACUUCACGGCAAUUAGUAAAUUAUCCUAAAUCCAAAACAGAAGAUAGUCAAAUAGAAUUUCAUCGAAGUACAGGAAAGCGAAGAGCAUCACAUCAAAAUUCUGAACAUGAAUUAGAAGAACAAAUUAAUGAAUGGGCUAAUAUGACAGGGUUUCUUUGUGCUUUAGGUGGAGUAUGUUUACAGAAACGAUCUCCAAAUAGACCAUUAUCAGGAAUAGCUCCAAAUCCAGAACUAAAAAGAAGUUCAAAACAAGAACCUACAUCUUGUUUAUCAAAUCCAAGCCAAGAAGCACAAUAUUGUACUCAAUUUAUUUAUAAUUUAUUACGUCUAUUGAUUUGUAAUAAUGAAAAAUUUGGAAAUCAGAUUCAGAAACAUGUUAAAGAAUUGGUUGGCCAUGAAAUGAGUCCUGCAUUGUAUCCAAUACUAUUUGAUCAAAUUAAAAGCAUAGUCGAAAAAUUUUUUAACCAACAAGGACAAGUGAUAGUGUUGGAUAUUAAUACUCAAUUUAUUGAACAUAUAAUAUUCAUAAUGAAAAAUAUUUUAGAUUCUAAAACAGAUCAACCAUCUGAAUAUCUUGGAAUGACUAGUAUAGAAGGAAUGAUGUUAGCAAUUGUCAGAUAUGUUAGACAUUUGGAUAUGACUGUACAUUCUAUUCAUAUUAAAACAGAAUUAUGUCAACUCGUUGAAGCAAUGAUGAAAAGACGAGAUGAUUUAGCAUUUAGACAGGAAAUGAAAUUUAGAAAUAAACUUGUUGAAUAUUUAACUGAUUGGGUAAUGGGUGCUACUCAUCAAAUUACUCCAUCUACUAGUGGAGAUUUAACUGUUUAUACACGAGAUUUAGAUCAAGCAUGUAUGGAAGCAGUUGGAGCAUUAUUACGUGGUUUGCCUCUUCAACCUGAAGAAUCUGAUCGUGGUGAUUUAAUGGAAGCAAAAUCUCAAUUGUUUCUAAAAUAUUUUACUCUUUUCAUGAAUUUAUUAAAUGAUUGCAAUGAAGCAACUGGCGAAGAAAAAGAAAUUGUGUCUCAACAACCACGUUUAACCAGUGGCAAAUUAUCUACUUUACGCAAUGCUACUAUACAAGCAAUGAGCAAUCUUCUCAGUGCAAAUAUUGAUAGUGGUUUAAUGCAUUCAUUAAGUUUGGGUUAUAAUCCAGAUUUACAAACACGAGCAGCAUUUAUGGAAGUUCUUACUAAAAUUCUUCAACAAGGAACAGAAUUCGAUACAUUAGCAGAAACAGUAUUGGCCGAUAGAUUUGAGCAAUUAGUUCAACUUGUUACAAUGAUUAGUGAUAAAGGAGAAUUACCUAUUGCAAUGGCUUUAGCUAAUGUAGUGACAACAAAUCAAAUGGAUGAAUUAGCACGAGUUUUUGUAACAUUAUUUGAUGCUAAGCACUUAUUAUCUUCUCUUUUGUGGAAUAUGUUUUAUCGUGAAGUUGAAGUUUCUGAUUGUAUGCAAACAUUAUUUCGAGGAAAUAGUCUUGGAAGCAAAAUUAUGGCAUUUUGUUUUAAAAUUUAUGGUGCUAGUUAUUUACAAAAUUUAUUAGAACCUUUAAUUAUGCCACUAUUAGAUGACCCUACUACUGGUUUUGAAGUUGAUAGUGCUAGGAUAGAUAUUCAUGAAAAUAUAGAACAAAAUGGUCGUAAUUUGAUCGCAUUAACUGAAAAAGUGUUUAAUGCUAUAGUAUCCUCAGCUGACCGAUUUCCACCACAAUUACGGUCUAUGUGUCAUUGUUUAUAUCAAGUACUCAGUAAAAGAUUUCCACAAUGUCCACAAAAUAAUAUUGGAGCUGUUGGAACUGUAAUAUUUUUGCGAUUUAUUAAUCCAGCUAUUGUAUCUCCUCAAGAAAUGGGCAUUGUAAAUAAACUUGUAUCUCCGCAUAUUAAAAGGGGUCUUAUGUUAAUGUCUAAAAUCUUGCAAAAUAUUGCCAAUCACGUAGAAUUUAGUAAAGAACAACAUAUGUUACCAUUUAAUGACUUUUUACGUGCACAUUUUGAGAUUGGAAGAAGAUUUUUCAUACAAAUAGCAUCAGAUUGCGAAACGGUCGAUCAAACUAGUCAUCCAAUGUCGUUUGUAUCGGAUGCCAAUGUUUUAGCAUUACAUAGAUUACUUUGGAAUCAUCAAGAACGAAUUGGCGAUUAUCUUAGUAGCAGUCGGGACCAUAAAGCAGUAGGUAGAAGACCUUUUGAUAAAAUGGCUACAUUAUUGGCUUAUCUUGGUCCUCCAGAACAUAAACCAAUUGAUUCACACUUAAUGUUUUCUUCAUCUUACGCUCGAUGGUCAAAUAUUGACAUGUCUUCAACUAAUUUUGAAGAAAUUAUGGUGAAACAUAAUAUGCAUGAAAACGAAGAAUUUAAAAGUAUCAAGAAUUUAAAUAUUUUUUAUCAAGCAGGAACUAGUAAACAAGGAUAUCCAGUGUUUUAUUAUAUUGCUAGACGUUACAAAAUUGGCGAUACGAAUGGUGAUUUGUUAAUAUACCAUGUUCUUCUUACUCUAAAACCAUUUUGUCAUUCUCCGUUUGAAUUGGUUAUUGAUUUUACUCAUACAUGUUCAGACAAUCGAUUUAGAACUGAAUUUUUACAGAAAUGGUUUUACGUAUUGCCUAAAGUUGCAUAUGAAAAUAUUCAUGCUGCAUAUAUUUAUAAUUGUAAUGGUUGGGUGAGAGAAUAUACAAAAUUUCAUGAUAGAAUCUUGGCACCAUUAAAAGGUAAUAGAAAAGUAGUUUUCGUCGAUGGACCGAGUCGUUUAAAUGAUGUAAUUGAUAUUGAUCAACAAAAAUUGCCUGGAGCUACAUUAUCUCUUGAUGAAGAUUUAAAAGUUUUUAACAGCGUUUUGAAACUUUCUCAUAAAGACACUAAAGUAUCCGUAAAAGUUGGACCAACUGCGAUACAAAUUACCUCGGCGGAGAAAUGCAAAGUAUUAUCGCAUUCCGUUCUUUUAAAUGAUGUUUAUUAUGCAUCUGAAAUAGAAGAAGUUUGUUUAGUAGAUGACAAUCAAUUUACAUUGACUAUUUCAAAUGAAACUGGCCCAUUAUCUUUUAUUCAUCAAGACUGUGAUAGUAUUGUACAGGCUAUAAUUCAUAUAAGAAAUCGAUGGGAAUUAUCUCAGCCGGAAUCUGUAUCUAUUCAUCCAAAAAUAAGACCUAAAGAUGUACCUGGAACAUUAUUAAAUAUGGCGUUAUUAAAUCUUGGUAGUUCAGAUCCAAAUUUACGAACAGCAGCAUACAAUCAAUUAUGUGCUUUAACUGCAACUUUCGAUUUAAAAAUUGAAGGACAACUUUUAGAAACAUCUGGACUUUGUAUACCAUCAAAUAAUACUAUAUUUAUUAAACAUUUAAGUGAAACUUUGGCUGCGAAUGAUCCACAUCUUACAUUAGAAUUUUUAGAGGAAUGUAUACAAGGUUUUAGAUUGUCAAGUAUCGAAUUAAAACAUCUUUGCUUAGAAUAUAUGACUCCAUGGUUAAAUAAUCUUGUGCGAUUUUAUAAACCAAAUGAUGAAGGAGGAAAACGUCAAAAACAAGUUACAAAAAUUUUAGAAAAAUUAAUAACAUUAACUAUUGAAGAGGUGGAAAUGUAUCCAAGUAUACAAGCUAAAAUAUGGAGUACAAUUGGAAGAUUACCUGAUUUAAUAGAUACAGUUUUAGAUAAUUUUAUUCAACGUAGUGUUACUUUUGGACUCGGCUCUCCUACUGUUGAAAUAAUGGCUGAUACUGCUGUAGCGUUGGCUUCUGGAAAUGUUCAAUUAGUGGCGAAAAAAGUAAUAGGAAGACUUUGUCGAGUUGUAGAUAAAACUUGCACUUCUCCGACGCCAUUAUUAGAACAACAUACAAGAUGGGAUGAUAUUGCUAUUUUAGCAAGAUAUUUAUUAAUGUUAUCUUUUAAUAAUUGUUUGGAUGUGGGAAAACAUCUACCAUAUUUAUUUCAUACAGUAACAUUUUUAGUUUUUUCCGGAAGUCUAAGUAUGCGCGCUUCUACUCAUGGUUUGGUAAUCAACAGUAUUCAUUCGCUAUGCACUUGUAGUUCCCCUUCCUUCUCAGAAGACACUCAUCGAAUAUUACGAAUGAGUUUGGAUGAAUUUUCUCUUCCUAAAUUUUAUUUACUUUUUGGAAUUAGUAAAGUAAAAUCUGCUGCGGGUACAGCAUUUAAAUCUAGUUAUAGACAUACAAAUGAAAAAUGGUUCAGCAAUGAGCGCAGCGUUACAGGAACACAUGAUAAAGAAAGACUUUCGUUAACUAGUUUAGAAAUUAUUACUGAUGCUCUUCUUGAAAUCAUGGAAGCUUGUAUGCGGGAUAUUCCACAAUGUGAUUGGUUAAAAACCUGGACUUCUUUAGCAAGAAAUUUUGCUUUUUGUUUUAAUCCCGCUCUUCAACCUAGAGCUUUAAUUGUUUUUGGAUGUAUUAGUAAAAGCAUAACUGAUCAAGAUAUGAAACAAUUAUUAAGGAUAUUAGUAAAAGCUCUUGAAAGUUUUAAUGAUAUUACUUUACUGGAAGCAAUCAUUAUGUGUCUCACUCGAUUACAACCAUUGCUUAGACCUGAAUCUCCUAUACAUCGAUAUUUAUUUUGGGUUGCAACAUCAAUUCUUCAGUUAGAUGAGGCAUCUUUAUAUGCAUGUGGUUUAGCACUUCUUGAGCAAAAUUUGCAUACUUUAGAUUCUCAAGGAACUUUUGAUGAUAAGACAUUGGAAUGUGUUAUGAUGUUAACACGUGAACCUCUAGAGUGGCAUUUUAAACAAUUGGAUAAUGCAGUAGGACUUUCUUUUAAAUCUAAUUUUCAUUUUGCUUUGGUUGGUCAUCUUCUAAAAGGAUAUAGACAUCCUACACCUACUACUGUUACACGAACGGCUAGAGUACUAACUAUGCUGUUAGGUAUUGUUGCUAAACCAUUUAGAAGAGAUAAAUUUGAAGUUACGCCAGAUAGUGUGGCAUAUUUGUCUGCAUUAGUAUCUGUAUCCGAGGAAGUACGAAGUCGAUGCCAUAUUAGACAUUCUACUAAAAAUUCAGAAGCUGGUAGUAUAGAUUGCCUUGAUAUUUUACUUCCACAUAAUCCAGAUACAUCCAGUGCAACAUCUAAUAAUCCUACUAAUCGUCGACAAAAAUCAUGGGAUCUUCUUGAUCAAUCUGCACUUACUCAAGCUAGACAACAAAAACAACAUUCAACACAUCAGACUGGACGGAUUUUAUUUAAAACGCAGCGAUCCUUUUCCGUACCAACUGCAAAGGAAACAAAAUCAAGUGAAGAACCUGAAUCGAAGAAUCGAAGUGCUAGAGUAAGCGUGAGCAAUGAAAACAAUAUAUUAUUGGACCCAGAAGUAUUGACAGAUUUUUCUAUUCAAACUUUGGUUUUAACUGUUUUGGUGACUUUAGUUAAAAAUUCAACCGACGAAAAUGAACAACGGAUUCUUUAUGAAUAUCUUGCAGAAGCUUCGGUGGUCUUUCCAAAAGUUUUUCCUGUAAUUCAUAAUUUACUUGAUGCAAAAAUCAAUAAUGUAUUAUCUUUCUGUCAUGAUCAAUGUAUAUUGAAUUCUGUACAAGCAAUUAUACAGAAUAUGAUCGCAUGUGAGGAUACAAGUCAACAGCAAUUACAUUAUUUGCAAAGUUGUGGAUUUGGUGGAUUAUGGAGAUUCGCAGGUCCAUACACAAAUUCUAAUUGCACAGCCGAAAGUGCUCAAUUAUUUGUUAAUUGCCUGGAAGCUAUGGUGGAAACGUGUUUACCAGUAGAUGAACCUGAAAUUUUAAGCACUGAAAUCCCAAGUGAAAAAUUUAAACGAUCCGAUGGUCAUUAUUCAGAUAUUGCACAAAGAGGCAAAUCUUCAACUCAUGGAAUUGAUCGAUCAAGUGCCCGCAUUUUUUCGGACAGAAUGGACGAAGCUUCUCAUAAUGCUUCUUUCGUUCACAGAGAUCGCAGUAUAGAAAGCAGAAAUGUUUCAUUGGAUUCAAACCAAGAAGAAAAUAUUAUUAAUAAUAGUAACAAUUCAUUACCUUAGCGAUUAAUAUAUGAAUCCAAAAAACAGUGCAGUAAACAUGGACGAAAAGGACAAGUAGGUCGAAAAUUACAAAGACAAUUAAGAAACACAAAUAUUUUGGCUCCGUGUUAUUGCUGCAACAUGUCGAAUCAGUUUAAUCCAAUGCCGUCCACUUCACGUUAAUGUACUCACUGGAAUGAAAAUCAAUAAGCGCAAUCUGUUAGUAGAUAUAUUUGGUUAUUAGCAAAGUAUUUUGGUAAUUUUGUUCUAUUUACGUUUAAUACAACGAUUAAUUAUAAAUUUGUGAUAAUAUAGAAAAAAAUAAUAAAACGAAUGGAUGCUUUUAAUAUAUCAGAGUUACUUUUAUAUGAACAACGAUUUUUGCAAGUAGAAUUGUUUAAACUUUUACACUGUUUUUGUAAUUCAUAGUUUUAUGGCAAUAAUUGAAUAUUCAUGAAUAUUUUUAUUCCUUUGUAACUAAAUAUUUUUAUAUCAUAGAAAAAUCUGUUUCUAUUUCUGAACAAAUUUAAUAUAAUCUCAUGUUACUAGAAUAAAAUGAUUAAAUAGUUUAUCAGGGAAAUCUAAUUAAAUGAGUUUAUUUUUUGCUAAUAUUUAAUGGAAGAAACAGUAUUUUCCGACAAAUACUAGGUUCCACUUAAAUUUAUUUACGCCAACAAAACAAAUAUGAAUGAAAUGAAAUGAAAAUAUUAUCUUAUGAUGCGAUAAAAAGAAGCAUUAAUCGAACGGAAAAAAAAUGAUUAAUAAAAUAACAGUGAUUAAUAAAAAUACAUUAUGGGCACUGAUAAGUUAAAUCCUCAAUGAAGAAGUUCCGUUGAAAUUGCAAUGAAUGUUCAAAAUGCCUGUGUAAAUAAAUACAGAACUUUUCUACGUGCAUAAAGAUAUAUUAUUUCGGGAGGAAUGUAUUUAUAAAAAUAACCAUGAAUGUUCCAUAUUAUCAGAUAGUAAAAGGAAAAUGCAAUUUGAGACUAGAAUAGAAUUCUAGUUCAAUGCAAAAUCCUUCAAACAAUAUAUCAUGAAUGAAAAACUUGUAUUCCUUUUUAUAUUUAUUCUUUGAAUGUGAUUGUAUUUUGUUUGAGAAAACGGUACGUAGUAUAUGUACGUUUGCGUGAUCGCGAUCGUAAAAAUCGUGUUUGUUUGAAUAAAAUUUCGGGAGGGUCAGGAACUCACCUCUUGAAUAUUGUAAUUGCAAUCCCUUGCAUUUGAUCAUUAUUAAUGAAACAUACAUAUAUUUUUAUAUUGUUAAUGUUUAAUAAAUUUAAAUAAUGGAUUUUAAUUGAGAAUUGUUUCCUAUUAAUAUAAUAAAAAAGGAAAGAAAUGCUACUUACUUAAAUUAAUUGAAGAUAUGCAGAUAUUUAAAAAAAUAUAUUGUAGAUGUCGAAGAAAAAAUUGCAAGGGAUUGAUAAUACAAAGAUGCUCUGGACCAGCAUGCGACCGGUGCAUUAAAGCUUCCUCUCGUCUCGGGAAGCUCGAGCACCCGAACGGUCAUUUCUAGAGUUCUUAAAAUGAAACACCAAUGAUUCUACUGUCUACCACUUAUUAAAGUACAAAAUGAGACCACACGUUAUUUUUUCCCGAAGUGUAUAAAGACACAGGGGGACACUUUAUUAGUAAUUAGUAUUAAAAAAAAAAAAAAAAAAAAAAAAAAAGCGAUCGGUAAUAUAAGUGUCUGAUUUUUCUGUUCAAUAAUGGCUACGAAUAUGAAAAAUACAUACAUUUAAUAUAUAUAUAUAUAUAUAUAUAUAUAUAAUAGUUGAUCGCAGCAAUAGAAUAUCUAUACGAACUGGAUAAUUCGUUUGUAUAUAGUAUAUAAAUAUAUUAUAUAAUGCAAAUUGUUUUUCGUAAGUUGUCAAAAUAGUUAAUGGAAAAUUCUAAGAAAUUUUUAUUAAAAUAUGCAUUAUGUUUGAAAAUGAUUUUGUUGGUAUUCAAAAAAAGGUGAAUUGCAUAAAGUUUUUGUUUUGUUUUCUUAAAAACCACGAAUUUGAAAGUGCAUAAAAAUUUUAUUUUAUUUUUUAAAGAGCACAAGUUUGAAAGUGCCGAAUCUUCUCUUAGUAAUUGAUGUAAAGCUUACGGAAUACGGUAUACAGGGUAUUUCAUAUGAUAUAUUACAUUCGGAUAAAUAUAAUUUGAAUUAAUAAUUAGCUAAAAAUUUAUCAUGUUUUCAUACGAUUAUUGAUUAUUAAUUUUCUAAUAAU